AUGUUUUCUGAUGGCAAGAUCGGUGCUGACGACGGCGAGGUCGCUGAUCUGAUUGAGAGCACCAUUGUGCGCGGCCCCAAGAAGAGGGACGGCAGCCAGCGGCCCCUGCUGCUUACCACGCGCAGAGAGGCCCUCGCGCUCUACCGCGACGUGCUUCGAUACUCCAACCUUUUUGUUUGGCGCGACCAGCAUGGGCGAGUCUGGCGCGACGUCAUACGCAGCAGCGCGCGUCAGGAGCUCGAGGCUGCACGCCGCGAGGACGAUCCAGAGCUGGUCAGCAAAAUGCUAGUCACCGGCAGGGACGCAGUGCAGAAGACAGUGGAGCAGUUUAUGAAGCGGCGACAGCAAAUUAUUGAGGAAGAGGCGGCGGCGCGUGACGCGGGCGGUACUCCUAGUUUUGGCGGCAGCGGCGAUUUUGCAGGCAGCGGGGGCAGCAGCCGGGGCAAUGCUGGCGGGCUUGGCAAGGGUCCUGUGCACGGGUAA